GUAGGCACGGUGUAAACCAAUUAAUUUGCAGUAACGUUGACGUAGUUGGCUUGGCCCAGCCUCUGGCUGGUGAGCAUUUCCCUACUACUUUACAUCACGCUGCGACAUACUCUUGCUACUCAGAGUACGAGCUUGUAAUGCUGUCACGAACCACCUGCGCGAAGCAAACAUAAAAUGGCAAGCCAGACCCAUAUAUCGCCCCUGCUGUUCCUAGCCGCGAUCGCAACGGCCGCCGCCAAGCUGACGCCGGAGUGGCGCGUCGUCAGCGCCGCCAAGGGCGUCACGACGCGCGCGCGCAUCGACGCGACGUCGCAGCUCUGCGCCGUGCACGGCGAGGCCGUAGUCGAGGCGUCGGUCGCGGAGCUGAUGAGCGUCUUCGGCGACCUGGACCAGCACGGGCACUGGGACGCGACGCUCGUCGAUGCGCGCGAGUGGACGGGCGCCGACGGCGGCACGUACGUGUAUCAGCGGUUCAAGCAGCCUUGGCCGGUGCGCGAUAGGGAACUCGUGCUGCGCCGGAGAGAAUGGCGACGGAACCAGACGGUGUCCGUCCACUUCGAGAGCGUCGACGAGGGCACGCCCGUCGCGCCGGGCGCGGUCCGGACGCUGGCGCACACCGUGUGGUGGAACUUUACGGCUGUCUCCGAAACCGAGACGCUGAUUUCGCAUUACUCCUGCGUCGACCCGGGCGGCGCCAUCCCGGCCUGGGCCCGCGAUCUCGCCGUCCAGAGGUGGUGCCAGUCGCAGAUCUUGGCGCUCGUCGACACGGCCAGGCGCUUGGGCCUCCGGCCAGUGCCCGCCUUUGCGAGUUGGGGCGCGCCGCGCGCCGUCGAACUCUUGCGUGCGGACCCCCCGCCACAACCCCGCGUCACCCCGGCCAGCGCGCCGUUCCAAUUUGAACCUCGGUAAUCCCUCCUUUGAACCACCCCAUAAACGGGCUGAUUCGGGACUUAUCCGGGAGGCCCGCGGCGCGGCAACUUACGUGUCAAGUUUUUCUAGAAAAACUCGACAAGCUAGUGGGAAAAACAUGCUAGGUCCCAUGAUAACCUCAGAUUUUUUUU